GAGUAACUCUCAACAGAGACAGGCAGACAGACAGACAGACAGGGAUUGAUGAGAACACAGAGAGAGAGAGAGAUAGAGAGAGUGACAUUGACAUAGAGCGCAAGAGAGAGACAGAAAAGAGUGAUAGAUAUAUAGGAAGAGAAGACUAAAGGGUAGAUAUAAAAAGAAAGAUUGAGACAGAAAGAGACAUAGAGAGGGAGAGGACAGAAUUAAAAAACAGAAAUACAGAGACAGUGGGAGGAGGAGAGUGAUUGAAAGAGAGGGGGAGAGAGAUUGAGAGGGAGAGAGGAGGAGAGAGGGGAAGAUACAUUAACAUAGAUGACAUAGGAAGAGGAACUGAAGAGGGAAAACGAAAGACCCAGGACUGAAAGAGUGCAGCGCUGGAAGACAGUUUGAGACACACACUGUGAGGCUGUAGGACGAGAUCAUGUCUUUAAGGUAGAGCGGAGAUGCCUUAUCCAGUCAAUGAGACUGUGAAAUACUGGGAAACGACAUCAUGAGGGCUUUACAGAUAAUGGUAAGUGAGGGGUUCAACUGACUGAACCCACAAACCCUAUCUACCUGUAUAAUAAAUAAUAAGAGCUACGCAUUGAAUAUAUAUUGCAGGUGGUUUUAUCCUUGUAACUGCUGUUCUUUGAUAUGCGGGAAUCUAACAUAUUCAGUAGCGUUGUAUAAAAAGAGAAAGCAGGAUUAAUUCCAACUAGCUGACAGACCAAUACGUCAAGGCUUUCCACGCUACGGAGCUGUAGGUGUCGCUAAAUUACUUUAUUCACCAAACACCGAAUUGUAGUAAAUUGAAAUUUAAAUGGUAAAAUAGAAGCUAAAAUGGCUGCUUUGAAAACAUUUCCCAUCUCAGUUAUGGUGACAGCUAGGCUAGUGAAGACUCAGCUUUGACAUUUGGAUUUUAAUUUGUUACAAUUCUGAGUUUAUUAAUAUCCCUGUGGUAACAUGUUAAAGCGAUUCCCUGGAAUGUCCAGCUUCAUUUUCAAACUUCAGGCUGCCACAGAGUAUCAGAGCUAAUACUAGUGAAUUGUUCUGUCGCUUUAUUCCGCUGGCAGACUUCAGCUAUGUUGCAAUAUGAAUUUGGAAAGUUCCUGUAACAGGAAAUUGCUGGUUGUGUGAGGAAUAGUCAGCUUACAUUGAAGGCUGGUACGGCUGAUCUUGGCAGGCAGGGAAUUCAGCAGACUCUCUGCAUUUAGUUCAAAGAAAAUACAUUCAAUGUACAUGUGGUGUGCAAAAAAAUAGAUAAAUAAAAGGGAUCAUAUUGCAUAACUUCUUUUGAGUUUUUUUUUUUUAAAUAAAAAAAGGAUUCUGAUCCAUAAUAAUGUUUCAAAUGAUAUAGUAUAUCAGUAGAAAACAGCUUCCAAAUGUCUGGGUGUGAUGAAAUUAAAUCCCCUUUUUCAGGUUGUAUAAUGGGUCAUAAAUAGUCAGGGAGGUGGAUAAGUUUGUUUAAUGUGUUUAUUAUGCAUUGUUUAAUAGCUGUUAGGAAUGCAUACUUGCAAAGUAUAGCCCCUAGACCCUAACAAGGAAAAUAAUACAGCAAUGGAAACUAAAUGACUGAUUAUUGCGGCUGCCCGACUUAACAAAAUCCCCACAAAGAGGAAAAAAUAACCUGUGAACUGGUAAAAGUGUUUUUUAAAAUGAGCAAGUAAAAAUAUAUUAUACGUUCUGCUACAAUGUAUGGGACUGAUUAAUAUAUUCUGAUAUUAAAUACGGCAUAGGAUAUUGGCCUGGUGUCUGUAUACGCAGUAAUGAUAUUAAAUAUAUAUAUAAAAAAGCAGAAAAAUAAAAGCAGAAUCACCUGCUAGGGUUCUUCAUGAUGAAUCCAGUGGCUUGCUGUGGAUGGAUGGGUGGAUAGAUGGAUGGGUGGGUGGAUAGAUGGUUGAAUGGUAGGAUGGAUGGUUGGAUGUUUGAAUGCAUGGAUGGGUGGUUGGAUGGAAUAAUGGAUGGUUGAAUGAUUGGAUGGAUGGAUGGAUGGAAUAAUGGAUGGUUGGUUGGUUGGUUGGUUGGAUGGAUGGAUGGAUGGAUGGAUAGAUGGAUGGUUGGUUGGUUGGUUGGAUGGCUGGAUGGUUGGUUGGUUGGUUGGAAGGAAUGUUGGAAGGGUACAUGAAUGGAUCAUUGGAUGGAUGGCUGGUUGGAUGGAUGGAUGGUUGGUUGGUUGGAUGGCUGGAUGGUUGGUUGGUUGGAAGGAAUGUUGGAAGGGUACAUGAAUGGAUCAUUGGAUGGAUGGAUGAAUGGAUGGUUAAAUGUUAGGAUGGAUGAAAUAAUGCAUUGUUGGAUCGAUUUAUAAAUGGAUGGUUGGAUGGAUUCAUGAAUGGGUGGAUAGUUGGAUGGAUGAAUGGUUAGUAGGAUGGAUGGACAGUUGAUAAUGAUUAGUAUAUGUUAUGGUUAAUUUGUAGGCCAACAUGUCAAUAUAUCAAUAAAGUUGUAAUGGUGCUUAAAGGCCCUUAAUGCUGCCUUAGCUUAAGGGUUAAACUAUUUACAAACAUUUUAGCCCCAUAGCUGUGCAGGUAUGCAUAUUUCCCAUGCUGUUUGUUUAAUGAGAAGCUAGGUAUAGACUGAGGGUGCCUGCUGAAGCUCUCAGCCUAUUACUGGCACCCAGUCCAAUGAUUCUGCAUUGAACCCUAAGACUUGUGAGGAUGAAGAGGGACAGUUGCUCUCUACACAGCUUCGGGGUUAUUACAAUAGUUAACGGUUUAACCCUUUAAGGGGACAAUGUUGUUAUGGUGCCUGGAGUGUUCCUUAAACAGUUUUCGUUAAAGAUACAAAUUAUGUGCAUGGAAUUAGCUUAAUUACAUAAGACUUUGAUUAGAAUGUUAACAAAAUUACUAACUUCAACUGCAGUAUAACUGAUGAUAAAAAAGCUACAAAAAUUAAAGCAGUGCAACAUAUAGCUUAUCAAAAAUAUAAAUUAAGGUCAUAUUAACGACUGAACAUACAUCCUAGGAACUACCUUUAUCUAGAGAUCAAGUUCUUGGGGUAAUGAUGGCCAUUGGGGCUUUGAUGAUGGCCUACAUGCAAAGAAAAGCGAUAGCUGUUCAGGAACAAGACAGUGACUAGUUUAACCAGGAAGGGAAAGGCCAGGACAGAAAUAGAUCAGAACAACAACUGAAACAAUCAUAUAAAGGCACAGAGACAAGACAGCCAUGAACAGGUGGAGACAUUAGUUUAUACAUAAAAAUAAAAAAAUCUCGGGCACUCACUGUGAUUGUAUCCAGGCAGGUUUAUUUGCAACGUUUCGACCUGUCAAGGUCUUUAUCAAGCAUGCAGCUCGACAUAUACACAGGCCAAUUCAUAUAUGGUCAGGAGAAUGCUGGAUUUAAGCGGGAAGGUUCAUUGUGUAUGCUUCUCACGCUUUAUUAUCUGUAUAUUGUAGGUUUUAUUAUGCUUCACACUGGUCGUAGCCUCCCAAAGUAAGGAUAUCCCUCUAGAAGCUGCUUUGCUAUUGCGUGGAGAACCAAUGGGAUUCAGGGCACACGUCCGCAGUGAGAGAUACGUGGAGGAUGUCUUGUGUGCUGGGGACGAGUACAAACACCCCAGAUCUCAGCACUGCUGCAAAAAAUGUUUAAGUGGUGAGUGACCCAGUAUUCCUGAAUAUUGUGUGAUUCUUUUUUUUUUUUUUGAGAUUAUUUGCUUAGCAAGACAAAAGCAUGACAUCAUAAACAAGUCUCCUAGCAGAUUAUAAUGGUAAUUCUAGAACAGGUAAUUCUAGAACUGGGGGAAUCUCCCCAAGUGUUGGAUCCCAGAACCGUGGUACCAUGUUGGUCACAAGUCAAAAUAGCAGAGGAGAGCAUUAUGUAAUUUAAUAUACAGGGCCAAGCAAACCAUAUCUCUGUAUCGUAUUCCAGGAGAGAUGAUAGAAACAUAGAAAUAAAUGAAUGAAAUUCUUCGAGCUGGCCUUCGAUUGUAUCCCAAUAUCCACUGAUCUCAGCCUUGAAAACACUCUAAAUUUAUGUUUGCUUCAUACCUAUUUCAAAAACACUUUAUAUUAAUAAUAGUAAACUUUUUUUAAUGGGCUUAGUUUUUUUAUUUUGAACACAUCUUAUUUAUGUUUUGCUUUUUCAAUUUCAAUAACUGUAAUUUCAUAACCAUUUUCCACAUAUCUAACUAUCUGUCUUGCUUCUUACCAUUAAUACAACCAGCAAUCUAUAAUCUCUUCUGGAUUCUGGAUAGUGUCAGUAUACCUUCAAAUCUAUUAUAACCCAUAGACCUGUAUUAAUUUAAUGAGGAGCAUCAGAAAACAAUUUAAGAACUGUUUGUAGGUUAAUUAUCGAUAGCCUAGCAUUUAUUAUUCUCUCACUAUUACCUGGAAUACCUGAUUAUCAAAUCUUUAGAAUUGAUUGAGGGUUUUUUCCCCAGUUUUAUUUACCCUCCAACCUCUUAUUCACCACCAGCUUGUAAAAUAUGUGUUGUAAUUGCUCUGAUAUGCAAACCUUUGUGCUAUUAUUUGUUAUAUUUUCAUAUACAUCUCUUCCAAAUAAACGUAUAGUUACUUUUGUUUCUGACGUCUUAGUAGGGAAAAUUAAAGUUUGUAACCCUGCUUGUUUUACAAACUCCUACAUGUCAAAAAUCUAAAAGCUAUUACAAAUCCGAUAUAAAGGGUGAAGGAACUUGUACAUUAAAUUUAUAUGGAAAUAUUUCUAGAUUUGCUGUUGAUUCAAAAGAAAGCAAAAACUCCAGUUUAAAGUGAUUUCUGGAUGUGGUUUCUCAAUUGGAAUAAAAAUCCACUUUGACUCCAAAAUGACAAUCCAUUUUAUCCUCGGACUAACAAGCUGUUCCCACACAUGUUACUGAUAAAUUGUUUGAAUAUUCUGUGAUUUCAAAAAACAUACAGCUCGUUGUAGGAGGCAGACAAUUCUAUUUUUGUUUUUUCUGUAAAUAAAGAUGGACUUUAGUCUUUUUUUCUUUCAGCUUGGACAACUAUGAAACUAUGUAACCCCAAAUCUCCUAUCUUCCAGUUUUAAAGGAUGGUCUAUUGUACUUUGGACAGUUAUUUAAAAAACAAACAAAAAAAAAAACAGGUCACAGGAAAUCUGUUUGUACUGGCCUUGUAUACAUCUAUAUAAUAAUAUUUUAAACCGACUAAGAUGUAUCUUCUAAAUUAAACAAACUCAGGUUUUCAAGCCCUUUCUCAUAUCUAAGUAGAGCAGUGACAUGGGCUAGUGUUGGAUGAAGCUCCAGGAUCUGUAGAAGGAAGAGGGGAUCAUAUGUCCCUUCAACUUCAUUCUUGGACCAUUCUACAACAAGUGGGGCUUUCAACUUCAAAAUAUGCAUAGAACACGAAAGAUGUUGCAAUAAUGGGAGGUUAAAAACUGUUAAUAAGUUAACAUCUGAUUGAAAAUGUAACCAUUUUGUUUUCACGCAGGCUGCCAGGCUUCCAAUAAGGGAGGUGUGGCUAGGGAUGCAUGAACAGAAACAAAUGUGAUUUAACUCCUAAAUGACAUUAAAUUUAGCAGUGAAACUUCUGAGGCAUGAACUCUAUACAAAAACUGCUUCAUUGAGCUAAAGUUGAUUUGGUGAUUAUAGUGUCUCUUUAAGGUGAAUGUUGCUAAGGAAUUCCUUACCCCAUUAUGGAUACCUGCAUUUAUUUACAUUUAUUUGCAUUUUGUAUCAUAUGAAUCUUGCCUCAGUCUACCCAAUCUCCUAGUUUAUGCAAAUGCCUCUGUAGAGAAGUAAUAUUUUAAGUUACAACAUACAAUAACUUUUUCAAGCAGAGAAAUACUCCAUUAACUAAGUUUCAUGCACCCUACUUCUAAGUCGCAAUCAGUCCAAGAACAAACGGUUUAUUUUAUCUAAAAAAGGUUUGAUGUGUAGGAUAACCUUUUGUAUGGAAUUGUAGUCUCUCCACUGCCACACCCUGUACUUUUUUCUUCUAACUUCCUCAUAGAAUGCAAUUAACUUAUAUAGGCAUGAUCUCUCUUGCAUACCGCAAUUGUUCACAGCGAUUUCCUUAAUACCACAGAUGCCAAAAUCGUUCAUUUCUGGGCUGUGAUUUUAUUUCUUUUUCAAGGUGACAGAAAAGGAUCCUGGCAGAUUAAAACAAGUGAUUUUGAUAUACACUAAGCUCCCUAUGUAUCCUGGGAGAAUCAGGGGCGUUUUAGCCGCGAGGCAAACAAGGCAUUUUCCUUGGGCGGCAUUUUCCAGGGGGCGGCAAAAAAAGCCACCCCCAAAUGCCCAGGGCAAAUGUCUUGUUAGCCUUGCAGCUAACUGACAAUCCAGGCGGGCGGGCUGCGCCGGCGAGGGUGCAUUUUCCCCUGAGCUGUCUGCUUAGCUCCCGUGCGCUGCAGAGUGAUGCUGGGAGACAGAAUAUGACUAAGGCAGCACAAAACCAGGAUACACCACUGGGGAGAAUACCAUCUGGCACUGGGGCCAUUGAAUUACAUUACAUUAAAUGUAUUUAAUUAUUGUUGCACUUUAUCCUGCAUCAUCCAAUCACAUUUUUCUUUGAGGUUUCUGCACAGCGUUCUCCUUAUUUACAACCAUAUAUUCUUAAAAAGCCUUUUGUAACUAUCAGCAAACACAACUAUUUAUUUGAUACUGAAAUACUUACUAUUGGUUCUUUAAUUUGAAAUAUUUGAUUUUUUUCAAGUUUUUCUUUCUUUUGUUUUGUUUCUGUCUAGUUUCUUUUUUAAAAACUUUUGAUUAUGCCAUCGACCUUGUAAUUUACAAAUCUAUGUUGGCUGCUAACUUAUUUUACCAGCCCAAAAUAAGUACAUGUAUUGUAACACUAGUUUAACAAACAACAAAACAGCAGAGCUUUAAAAAAAAAAAAACAACAGCAUAGAAACAUAGAAUGUGACGGCAGAUAAGAACCAUUCGGCCCAUCUAGUCUGCCCAAUUUUCUAAAUACUUUCAUUAGUCCCUAGCCUUAUCUUAUAGUUAGGAUAGCCUUAUGCCUAUCCCACGCAUGCUUAAACUCCUUUACUGUGUUAACCUCUACCACUUCAGCUGGAAGGCUAUUCCAUGCAUCCACUACCCUCUCAGUAAAGUAAUUCUUCCUGAUAUUAUUUUUAAACCUUUGCCCCUCUAAUUUCAGACUUUGUUCUCUUGUUGUGGUAGUUUUUCUUCUUUUAAAUAUAGUCUCCUCCUUUACUGUGUUGAUUCCCUUUAUAUAUUUAAAUGUUUCUAUCAUAUCCCCCCUGACUCAUCUUUCCUCCAAGCUAUACAUGUUAAGAUCCUUUAACCUUUCCUUGUAAGUUUUAUCCCGCAAUCCAUGAACCAGUUUAGUAGCCCUUCUCCGAACCCUCUCUAAGGUAUCAAUAUCCUUCUGAAGAUACCGUCUCCAGUACUGCGUACAAUACUCAAAGUGAGGUCUCACCAGUGUUCUGUACAAUGGCAUGAGCACUUCCCUCAUUCUACUGCUAAUACCUCUCCCUAUACAACCAAGCAUUCUGCUAGCAUUUCCUGCUGCUCUAUUACAUUGUCUGCCUACCUUUAAGUCAUCUAAAAUAAUCACCCCUAAAUCCAUUUCCUCAGAUGUUGAGGUUAGGACUCUAUCAAAUAUUCUGUACCCUGUAUUCUAUAAUUCUAAAUCAUUUGCCAUCUGGCGGAUCCCUCCUGGAACAUCAACCCUGUUACAUAUCUUAGUAUCAUCAGCAAAAAGACAUACCUUACCAUCAAGACCUUCUGCAAUAUCACUAAUAAAAAACAUUAAAGAGAAUGGGUCCAAGUACAGGUCCCUGAGGUACCCCACUGGUGACAAGUCCAAGCUUCGAAUAUAUUCCAUUAACUACAACCCUCUGUUACCUGUCACUCAGCCACUGCUUUACAAAGCCACAAUGCUUUGAAUUUCUUUGUUUUGUAUUUCUCUCUUUGACUGUGUACUAAAAAAUUUACUUUUUUUAUGCUCAAUGCUCUUUAUUUCUUCCGAAAAAGAGUUUCUACUGGAAUUGUCAUUUUUAGAAUUAAAUGUUUUGGUGAACCCUUAUUUGGAUUUUUUUUUCUAUUUGAUCUGAACUGGCAAUAUAUUAUGGUCACUCUUUCUUAAAGAGUCACUUCUGGCACCACAACUACUUUAUCAGCCGGCUUCCCUUUAGGAGUUAAACCAUUGACAAAACAGCUUAAACCUAAAGGCUUCCAUCCGGUGCUGGUCAGCAUUGCUCAAAAACUUUUGUUGCAGUUAGUGACACUGUUUGAAGCCUUGCACUGUAACAGAAGUUGGGGGCAUUGGACUGAAGACUUUGGGGUGAAACCAUUAAUUAACAGGUUAACCCCUGAAGUUAAGCUCCGAUAAUGUUCCAAAAUAUUUUUCCACUAGAUAACUUUCUAGACUGGUUAAUUAAAUUAUCUGGUUACAGUCUUAUCUAGAUAGCAGCUUUUUCAUUUCAUGACCUGCUCUUCCUUCUUAGUUUUCAUGUUUAUGAGGUUUAAUUUCUACAAAUACUGUAUUUCCCCUUUUAAGCAAAUUUCUAUACACAAUCAUCAAAACUUUUUUUUUUUUCAAGGCUUUGAUUCAGGUUCGACAUAUUAAUAUAUAUCUCUCUUUUACAUAUUUAUCUUCCUAAACUCUGUAUAUCCAUUUAAAUGAACUGCCCAGUCAGUGAUCCAUGCCGUUAUAGUAUAUCCAUGCCGUUAUAGCAGCCUUUGCAAGCCCUCCCCUUCUAACCCCGCCCAGACUUUCUGUGGCUGUCCAAUCACAGACUUCCCAAUGCAGCUCAAUGAGAAGGCUUUGCCAGGUAGGUGUUUUGGGCAAUUGUAUGGAAAUUUACAGGAAAGAAGCUUAUUUUUAUAGUGCCAAUGAAUUCUGCAGUGCUUUACAAUCACAGAAGACAAGAGAUAAAAACAGCCUUUGCUCAAAAGGGCUUACAAAAAUAGCAUUCCUUCUUCCAUUGUGCAAAGUCAGCCCUGUGGUCAAAAAUCCCCUAAUCCUCCCUCCUAGUACACAACUUUGGCUACGCAUUAGUCAUUUAUUAUCCCCCAUGUGUUUUGUUAAUAACCUUCCCAUCUGACGCUGCAGCAAGAAGUAGAAGAGUAGAAGAGUUCCCACUCUGGAGCACAGUUUCCUGUCUUUGUUUUAUGCAGUCUCCUUCUCCCCUCGUGACUUCCUUUCUCGCCUGCCUUGGCAGAAAUUCACAUUUCUUCUUUUUAAAACCAGCCCACAGUUAAGAAAUAAUGUGGCACGUGCGUUUCCUGAGGGUUCCGGAGUUAACAACAGCGUUUCCUGAAGCCAUUGAUCUUUGCUGGAGAUAGUAGUGGGGUCAGCAAUAUUUCUUAGUACCCGGGCUUGAUUUUCUUCAUCUGGACCAAGUACUAAGGAAGGCAUGAUAUAUUUGGCAGUGGUUUUUUUCUCAUUGGUUUUAUUGUCCUUUUUUUUGGAACUAUGUUGAGGGAAAAAAGUAUUUGAUCCCGUGCUGAUUUUGAACGUUUGCUCACUGACAAAGAAAUGAUUAGUCUAUAAUUUUAAUGGUAGAUGUAUUUUAAUGUGAGAGACAGAAUAACAUAAAAAAAAAUCCAGAAAAACCCAUGUCAAAAAGUUAUAAAUCAUAAGUAUCAAUCAGCAAGAUUUCUCUUAAAGGGAGUGCUCCUAAUCACAGCUCGUUCCCUUUAUAUAAGACACCUGCCCACAGAAGCAAUCAAUCAGAUUCCAAACUCUCCACCAUGGCAUAGACCAAAGAGCUGUCCAAGGAUGUCAAGGAGAAGAUUGUAGACCUUCUCAAGGCUGGAGUGGGCUACAAGACCAUCACCAAGCAGCUUGUGUGAAGGUGACAACAGUUGGUGCAAUUAUUCACAAAUGGAAGUAACACAAAAUAACUGUCAGUCUCCCUCAGUCUGGUGCUCCAUGCAAGAUCUCACCUCAUGGAGUUUCAAUGAUCAUGAGUACUGUGAGGAAUCAGACGGGUGGCUCUUGUUAAUGAUCUCAAGGCAGCUGGGACCAUAGUCACCAAGAAAACAAUUGGUAAUACACUUGAAAAUGGGUCAUGGAUGGGUAAUCCAGCAUGGCAAUGACCCAAAACACACAAACAAGGCAACAAAGGAGUGGCUCAAGAAGAAGCACAUUAAGGUCCUGGAGUGGGCUAGCCAGUCUCCAGAGUGUAAACCCAUAGAAAAUCAGUGGAGGGAUCUGAAGGUUCGAGUUGCCAAACGUCAGCCUCGAAACUUUAAUUGGAGAGGAUCUGCAAAUAGGAGUGGGGCAAAAUUCCUACUGAGAUGUGUGCCAACCUGGUGGCCAAUUACAAGAAAUGUCUGACCUCUGUGAUUGCCAAUGAGGGUUUUGCCACCAAGUACUAAGUCGAAGGGGUCAAAUACUUAUUUCACUCAUUGACAUGCAAAUCAAUUCCUAACUUUUUUGACAUGUGCUUUUCUGGAUUUUUAUUUUUUUUGUUAUUCUGUCUCUCACUGUUAAAAUACAUCUACCAUUAAAAUUAUAGACUUAAAAUUUCUUUGUCAGUGGGCAAACGUUAAAAAUACAGAAGUGCAUUUUGUAUUGUAAUUUAAACAAAUUCAGUAUGGUACAUAAAGGUUUGAUGCCAAAAGUUUACAUCUGAUACUCCCCCAGCCUGGAGAUAUAUUCAUCCUCCUCCCCCACACCCAACAUAAAGUGUAGUCAGGGGGAUGCCUAUAUAUAUAAAGAGGUGCUACCCCAGAAUAUCACCGUUUUUUGGCUUUUAUUAAAUCUCUUUUGAUAUAGAUUAACAGAUAGAAAUUAAAGGCAACAUACUAAUAAUGCUAAUGAGAACUGUAUGUAAGGUAACACAGAAAAGACUAUUCACUAAAGUGAAAAUUCAAAGUGAAUUAAAUUUUUAAGGUGAAAGUAGCUGAAAUAGAAGAUUAGCUAAUUUAGAGAAUGCUUCCGGUUCGAUUAUUUUUACCUUGAAUUUGAAAUUCACUUUCAGAUCUCACAUUAGUAAAUAACCUUGUUGGACUGCUUUUAGAACAUAUCAGCAUACAGUAUGUUUCACAACAUGCAUUGCGUGACUUGACAUUUUCACUCAAGUUUUGCUAGUGAUUGAGUUUCUGGUAAGUGGGUGUUAUUACACGAGAACCAGCUUCUCCAGCUGACUAGUGACGCAUUGUGUUCUGUACUUUUGGUAAGGUCUCUUGUUCCUAACUCUUGUUUAUUCAUAAACCAGCGUACUCUCACGAAUUCUGUUAUUAUGCUGUGCUCUGUGUGGAAGCUGGCUUGUUUGCUUUUUUUUUUAAAUUAAUUUGGGAUUUUCAUUUGCCUGUUUGCCAUAAUGGUGAACGUCAUAGAUGUGUGCAGUUUAUUGCGUUCGGAUAAGCACCCAAAGAAACUGACUUUGCACUUGUGAAAAAUCCCUUGCAUUCAAAGCAGAGUUGAUACAAUGAUAUAGAAAAAAAAUAUGUCUUCUUUAUUGCUACAAAAAUAUACAUCCCAAAAAAAAAUGCAAAUACGACUGUUUCUCAAAAGCCCUUCACAUGUGAAACUCAUUCAGUUCGUACGGGCAUAUGCCUUGGGUUAGUAACAGUGGAAUUAUACUUAAUUGUCUAAUUUUAAUUAUUAUUUUUUUUAUUAACGAUAAAGAAGAUAUAUAUUUUCUAUAUCUUUGUAACAAGUGCAUGGAACUUUUCUUGUGUGCAAAUUCAAUUUGAAAAGAACCCUCCAAAUGCACAGUGCAGGGUUUCCGCAGGAACAUAAGUACAAAUUGCAUGACUAUAUGGAAUGUAACUUUGCAAGACAUAUAUUAGGAUAAAUUCUUGGAGUAGAAAUUAUUAGUUUGCUGUGUACACAAAGAGGAAAAUUACCUUCUUCACUUAAAAAAAUAAUUUAGAAAAAUGCACUGCAUUCCCUACUGGAUACAAAACACAGUUGUGAAGAGGAUACAUAGCAUUAAAUGAGGGUGCCCCCCGAAUUGAGGAGCCCCCACCAGGCCAGUAGAAGUAUUAGACUAAAAUACAAGCAGGUACCUUUUUGCUGAAAUGUUAUUUUAUUACAGAAUAGUCUACUGAUAAAAUGAAAAUCUAUAUAUUGGGAAACAUUAUAACCAUUUUACUCUGUUCUUUUUUGCAAUUCUGUUUUUGGUGCAAAACAAUUUGCUGCUUAGUAAAUAACUCUAGUAUAGUUUUUGCAUUCUGACCAUUUGUAUUCUGUUAGAAUUUACAUUGUUACUCUGUGACUGUAUUAUUGCUUAAUAUUGAGAAUUAAAUCAUUGCUGAUCUAGGUAAAGUGCUCUGGAUAGUGAAGCUAUAUAACAAACAAAUAGAAAAAAACAGAAUUCCUCCCUUUCCUUUUUUCUUGCCAUUUACCCACCCGCUUCCAGUUUGCCAGUUUCAGCUCCCUUGAUAUCCCUUGGCCGAGGUCAUGGCUUUUUGCCAACAAAGGAGCCAUGGCUGAUGGACUCCUAAGGACCCCACUGUCUGGACCAAGACAUACAUUAUGUUCCUUACUUAUUCUCACCAUGUGUAAUAUAUAUAUCUAACAAUGUCUGCCUCAUGUUCAUUACCCCACAUUGUGACUUUUUGUUAUCUUAUUGUUUAUGUUCAUUCUGAAAAGUUCUAAGUAAAGAAUUUUGAAAGAAUUGACCAGAUUCCAAAUUUCAAAAUGUCUUACCCAAUCACUAAAGUAAGCUUAUAGAAAACACAGCUUUUAAUGGACACUAUAAUGUUAGGGACAUAUAUAUGCAAACAAGCUUUGCUAACGUGUUCUAGAUUCAGAGCUCUGUUAAAAAAAAAAAAGUGCAGAGACUCACGUCGUACUGCCACCCAUUCCUGGAGGCCUCACUCAGUAGCUUCUAACUCAAUUAGGCAUUGGGGAUGAGAUGCACAUGAGCACAUCAAAUGCAUGUAGCCAGUGAUUCCCUAUGAACUGCAUUUGAUGACUGAUGAGUGAAACUAGGUUUUUGCAGAGGAAGCGCCUCUCUUGUCAGGGAGACAGCCACUAGAGGUGGAUUUAACCCAGCAAUUUAAACAUUGCGGUUUCUAUAAAACUGCAAUGUUACACAUAGCAACGCUAAAAUUACAGGGCCACUGCGCCACAACCACAUCACUGAGAUGAUAUUGUCUGAGUGACUUUUUUUUUUUUUUUUUUUAAAGACUAGAUGCCUAUCAAGCAUUGCUUAUUAUGCAGGUUGUACAAUUCUAUAUAAUUCACUUUGCAACAUUGGAGAUGGCACUACCCAUGGCAGUAACAUGGCUCCUUUACAAUUCACACAGCAGAUUAAUUGGGCUCUUUCUCUGAAAUAUUCUGGGUACACAAAGGGGAUUUUGUCACCAAAAUAAAGUUACUUUAAGAUCCAAUCAAGUUUUUAGUCCAGACUAUAUUGAAUUACUACUUAAUGAAACACUCCAAGCACCAUAACGAAUAGUCUAAAAUGGUUUGACUUCUUAUAAUGGGGGUUCCAGGACACUCCUGACAUCAUGGUGCUUGGGGUAUUCCCUUAAAAAUUUGGAUAUGACUUUUAACAGAUAUUGCCCUCAAUAAGUUAUUCACCCACGUUCUUUCAUGAGUGUAGUUUGAUAAAAAAAUAUCUUUGAUAAUCUUAGAUCGUUACGAUGCUGCAGUAGAAGCCACGGACAGUUAUAGAGGUCCUGUUCUUAAUGGAUUAAUUUACUAAACUGUAAUUAGAGGAUAACUCACAAGAGGAUUGAAGAUUUUAUAAAAAGAAUAGGUGAGAUCGGAAAUGUUUCCAAUUUGACUGUUUUGGCUUAAACUUUGCACUCUUUUCAAAACGUGUUCAUAAUUCCCAGGAAAUAAAUGUUGUUAAAUAUUUCAUUGCUCUUUGUGUCAGUGUUGUGGUUGGUUCUUUGUUAUGUACUAAUCCUGGUAUUACUUAUAAAUUCCAGCCGUCCACUCUGAUUAUUUAUCCUGCUAAUUAAAAGUAUGGUAGUUUUUCAUCUUCUACCUAUUUACAGUAAGUUACACCACAAAUCCUACUAAUUAAAGUGGACUUUUCAUGUCAUAAUGGUUUAUAGAACGCUACAUGGCCAAUCUAACAGACGGGUUUCUGGUAAGGAGGAUAAAGAAAAUCUGUAGUUAUAAUUCCCUUUCACUGGGCACUUUUUACAUUGUAAGCUCAUUUGGGAAGUGCCCACUUUACCUGCUGAUCCAGUAUGUCAAUAAUUUUUUGCAAGAAUUUCAUGUUUGUCUUGUCUACCUAUAAUCCAACACUGCGGAAUAUAUUGACGCUAUAUAAAUUAUUGUAAUUAUUGGCAUUCAAACCCAGUCCUUGUAGUGAAUCACUGACGUGUUAUUUUAAAACUGUUUUACAGGAUUCCGAAAGGUCUCUGAUUGUCCUGAAAAGGAGAAAGUCACAGAAUGUGCACCGUGCGCCGAAGGGCAAUUUACAGACAACCCCAAUUAUGCCAAGAAGUGCAAACAAUGCUCUCAGUGUGUGCUGUGUAAGUGUCCAAUCUGCAAGCCAGGAGGUGCAAACUAGGUUCUUAUCGCACUGACACUCAUAUUGCAGUGCCAGUUUAUACCAAACAGUGCAGAAAGAGCUCUCAGUGUAUAACAAUGGACGUGUCCACGCAUAUUGUGAAUGACUGAAGCCAGGCAGUGUAGACAAUGUUUUUAGUGUAUGCAAUGCAUGUGUCCACUGAUACUCAUAUUGUAAAUUACUGUAAGCAACCUAUGUCAGUCCACUCAUGCUCACACUGAUCAUGACUGCAGUAGUUUUAUUAUAUGAAAUAUUAAUGAUUGUGUAUUAAUGGGACCUCUAGCCUCCCAAGCGUCCUGAUUUUUGGGUAUUGUUCCCUGCUGUCCCGCUUUUGGGUACAGUUAUUAGAACUGUCUCAAAUAAACAUGGUAUAACGCAUCUUUAGACAUGCUUGCGCUAUGCUCAGGGCAAUAGGACCGGGCAGAGAGCAUUGGAAUAAUGCUCCUUGCAAGUCCUGAACUUCAGUGGACCAGCUUUCAUGGUGAACAGGCAGCCAGGUAUGCAUUCACUCCAGGCUGACCUGCCGAACCUUUGGCCGGAACCCAUUUCUUUGGGCAGUGACACAAUCGCUUUACUGACUCCUCUCCCCCAUCCUCCUAAGUGGAAGGUAAGAGGUAAAUAAUACAGAGGACCAAAUUUACUAUUUUUCAAAUGAAAUUCAACUCGUUUCUUGAUAUGUGCCCUUUGGUAACAUUUUUGUACAUCUCUCUUUCAGCAUACGGCCAAAUAUUGAUAUCCAACUGUACUCGGAAUAGGAAUACGGAGUGCGGUUGCCCACACGGCCAGUACCAGGUCAAAGUCGCAGACAAUUUCAUAUGUCAAAACUGCAGCCAAUGUGACAAUGGAAAAGAAACUAUCCCAUGUAAGAAAACUCUGUUUAAAUUUCAUGUAAUCGGGCAACAUAGCCUCUUAUCAAUGGGUGUAUUUCUCUGGCCAAUAGCUGCCAGGUUCCAUAUGUUUACAGUAGAGUUAUUACAAUUGUAUAUUUAUAAGUAGACACAUGCAGUUUAAAUAUACACUAUUAACCAUAAACACAGUCCAAUGACUCAGUCCUUUGUUUCUUUACAAUCCAUUUCCAUAAAAGCAGAUCCUCCAUCCCUGGGUAAGGGGUGUCAUGUAGUAGUAAUCUAUUUGGACGCAUUCAUGGGGUAUAAAUACAGCAUUGAUCUUAUCCUUCUGAUUUUGUUACUGAAUGGAGUAUUUUCUUUAGACAAUUAAUACUGAUGACCUCUGGAAUGAGAAAAAAAUCAGCAUUAUUAUCUGUUGUAUUAGUGGGCUCUGGCCACCCCUGCUAAAAAUACAUCUUUGUCUAUUGCAGGCCGCGGAUAUAGUGAUACUGUAUGCGCUUGCAAAUUUGGCUUCUAUUUUGACCACUCGGAGAACAAAUGCCAGCCGUGCAACAUGUGAGUAUAGACGUGUCUCGUCCACCAUGAGGUUGGGGGGAAUAAUAAACUCUAAUUGUUCCAGUGUGUCUAAUAUCUGAAAAUACCUGAGAUAACAGUCAGCAUCUAUUGCCAAAAUUACAUUGAAUUCAAGAAACUGCAACAUAAACUGUUACCUGCAGUGGAACGGCGAGGGUCGGAAUUGUUACAAUACAAUACGUUUCUGAUGCUGUAAAUAAAGCAGAGAGAAAGUCACAGAUCAUAAUAAUCAACAAUCAAUCAACAAUUCAACAAUUCUGCAAUAUAAUGUCUGAUUAUAUAUUUUUUCCAUGUGUGCAUGUGUUGGAUGUGUGUGCGUGUGUUCCUGUUUAAAAAGGAACUAUCCCUUUCUGAAAAUGGCAGUUCCUCUUUCCCACACCCCAAUUAAUGUUAUGUAGCUAUGCAAUGAAGUGAAAGUCAGUGUAAAGCAUACUUAAAAAAAAUAAAAAAUGUAAAUAAAAAUAAAAAAAGCCCUGGAUAAAUUUUAGUUGACUAUGGGUAAUGCAAAAACCCUAUACAUGACAGUUCCCCUUUAAAGAUGAAAUUGCCCUCUAUCUAACUGGCUUGUCUCUUAUCAGCUUGUCUCUAAUUGGCGUGUCUCCGAUGUACCAGUAUAGCCGCCUAUAGGUGGUGACGGGCAAUACUCCAUUAUACGGCACACACGGUGACACUACAGGGCCCGCUAGUGCUAUGCAGUCAGGUUGGGAAGAUAAAUGUAUCUCUCCUAGCCGGUCCAUUUCACAUUUGAGGUGGAUUGGGCCCCUUCAAGGUUGUAUUGACAACCUCCAUUACUCUCUUGCAGGACAGUUCUGGGAGGAAGUGAUGUCAGAUCUCUAUUUUAUAUAUGUGUAUGGCAGUGUGUGUGUGUGUUUAGGGUAUGUAUGUGUGUUGCAUUGUGUAUCAUGGCAUCGUAGCAGUUUUUAUAUGCUUGUGUAUUCGUGUGUAUAUAUAUGUGUGUGUGUAUGUAUGUGUAUUUUUCAGUAUGUAUAUUUGUUAGCAGUAUGUACAUGCUUGUGCAAGUGUGUGUGUGUGUAUGUAUGGCAUUGUGUAUAUUUUUGUAUCUGUGAGUGGCUGUGUGCUCCUGUGUAUGUAUGUUAUGGGUGUGUGUGUAUAUCUAUGAUGGGUUUGUGCAAGUACAUUUGUGUUUGCUAAUUGGAGAGGCCCAGCCAAUAAUUUUGCAAGAACUCAAGACUUGUGUACAGCGAUGACAUGUUUUUUGGCUGAACAACUUCAUCCAAAAAACACCUAAUUUGAGACAGUCGAUUUGUUAUUGUGUGUUUUGUUUGGUUUGGGAAUUUGGACAAGCAACUAAUCAGCACAAAUUUUGACAAAUUGCAGCUCAGAAUAAAACAAAUCCCCAAAUCUAUUAAAGAGGUAUAUUUCAAUGCUGUUGUGCAAAAUUAUUAUUAUUUAUUUGUUGGGAUAAUAAUUCUGAUAACAAGAAAUAAUCAGUCAUUUUUUUUUAAAGCAUGAUUUUUUUUUUUCCUUUUUUAAUUUUGAUUUUUUUCAGACACAGUUGUGGUUUCUUCUAUCAGAUUGUUUGAGAUUCAUUGACUGGGAAGGGUUUAUACUCUGUCGCUGUUUUUUUUUUUUUUCUCACAUGUGGUAUUUCAUUUUAGGUGUACAACUACAGAUUGUCAAGAUCACUGCCCUCCAACCGAAACUAUCAAGAAUCCUGAUGAGAACAGUAAGUCCUUACCUGAGUCUUGUUAUCUACAAGGUCUGCGGAAUGCCAUGUUAACAUGGGCAGUUUACGAAUUCUGCCAGGCUUUACGCCAAGGCAUCAGAGUGCUCUUAGUGUGAGUUUAUUUGGUAAAUCACAUCCGGGAUCCAAAAUUCUCUGUGUUUCCAAUUUGAGAUUAAUUGAGAAUUCACGUCCAGAAUCACAAAUGACCCUCUCUCUCAUCAAUACAUUCUUCAGAACAAAAACAAAAGUGACAGUUUGAUUAUUAAUGUAUCUGUUCUGUCUAAUAAUCUCGGGAGAAAUUAACCCUCAAAUCGCCAUAACGGCGUGCAGUCACUCAUAUAAUUGCUAUUAAUUAAUUAAUCUAAAUUCAUGAAAUUGGUGGUACUCUGUUACAUUACACAUACACAGGCAGCACGUAUCUUUAUUGUGGAGGUUAUGAAAUUCGGUCAGGAGAACACUCUAUAGUUAAAACUAAAUACAGACAGCUUUAACAGGGUUGUCUACAAAAGUGAGAAUUCAAAGUGAUUUCCAAAUCAAAGACCUAAAGUAGCUCAAAUGAAAGCACAGCAGAAUGAGAGAAUUUGUCCGGUUUGGCUAUGUGGACCUUAAAUUUGAAAUCCACUUUGAAUUCUCAUUUUUAGUGAACCGAACUGUUAUUUUUAUGGAUUCAGUCAGCAUUUAACAUUGACUGAAGCUUUUCAGAGGCCUUUUUGGGGGGGUUUGUUGUUGCUUGGUGUCCAAAAAAUUUUUUUUUAUUAAUCCAGGCACAAGAAAUAUGAUUUGGUAGAAAGAGAUUCUGUAUUCAAGGAAGUUAUCCAAAUACAGUUCCAGAACCUCAAAUAAUAUUUUUUUUCUCUUCCCUGUAACCAAUAAUUUUGUUAGAUAAAAUGUAAAAAAUUCUUUUAAAAUGUUAAAAAAUGUUGAUAACAUGCAAUUGAACCAUCAAUUAAUGUAUUUUCAGAGAAUAUUACACUCUAUGUGGUUUCUGGAGCAGCAUGCAUGCUGCUUAUCGUCAUUGUGUUGGGCGCCAUUCACAUGCACAAGAAACGCACUCAGUCCAGCCCAUCACCCUGCGGUAAGGGGAGCCAGGAGGGGAAAUAUCUGUGUGAUGCUGUGUUAGAGCUUUGUGUCUGGGAUAUGUGAUGAAAUAUCAUUGCUUAUAGCUAUAGUUAUGUUAACGUCCCAAAGUGCAUUGAUGCUAUUUUCACGGGUAUUCGUAUAAAAUUGAAAUUUUCGCAGAUUAUUUAUUUUUAUGGUUAAUUACUAAUAGUGAAUUUGGAUACCUUUAAAAAGAAAAUCCCUCAAAUAAACAUAAAUCAAAUGGACAUUCACUAUUAUGUAAAGUUUUUUUUUUAAUGCAUUUUUGUUUGUUGUUUUGUGUUUUUCUGUUUGUUUUCGUUUACUGAAUCCUGGAGUUAUAUUAGUAAUGAACUAUUGGCUUGUUUUAUUUAAAGGAGGACUUUCACUACUCAGGAUCUUUGAUGGUAUGUUUACUUAUUCCUGCUAUUUAAUAAAAACGUAUUUGUGAGGAAUGAAAAAUAAAAUUAAAUAUAGAAGUCCGCACUGCACGUAUCUUGGAACUGGGUGCCUUCAUCUUGGGUACCUGCUAAUCUAUGCCCUACUGACUGUGCCAGGAUUUAACUGAAUUGUGAUAUCUAAUGCUGCAUCUUAAUACACAUAUAAAAGAAAUCAGUGCAUCACAUGAAAAGGGGUUAACACAAGUUGUCGGUGAUGUUCGAUGUUUUAUUCAAUGGUAAAAUUUCCAGGGAAGUGAUAGUUCUCCUUUAAACUCUAAAAUUUCAUGGAACUUUUAUCUGAAAAUUAUUUUAGAGCUUGUUUUUAUCACAAGCAAAAAAAGAAAAAUGCAUACAAUCAGUGACACUGAUUAACUUGCUUGUAUUGAUGCACAUACUCAGUGAAAAGAAAUAAAAAAAUUAAGUAAUUUAAUUAAACUCGAGGCAAGGAGAUUUCACCUACAGUAGCAGAAACACUGUCAGGGCUAUUUACUAAAGUGAAAAUUCUACGGGAAUUUCAAAUUAAAGGCCAGAGUAGAUAAUCUGAAAGCAUAGGUAAUUUAACCCCUUAAGGACCAAACUUCUGGAAUAAAAGGGAAUCAUGACGUGUCACACAUGUCAUGUGUCCUUAAGGGGUUAAAGACUGCUUUCCGUUUUGCUAUCUUGACCUUAAAAUUUAAUAUUACUUUGAAUUCACCUUAAAUUCUCCCCUUAGUGAAUAACCCUGUUAAUGACACUGAGAUUAAUAAUGAAAGUGCUUUUACUGCAUUGAGAAAUUGUGCUAUGUAAUUGAACACAUGAAUUAGGGACACUAGCAGUGGUUUAGUUGUUGACCAUUGCUAGUCAACCACAAAGAUUUACCACAAGAUGGUGGUUUUAUCACUAUAAUCACAUAAACACAAUAGACUGUUAGAUAAAAGUUGCUCUAAACUUCACCUGCAGCCAUUUACCAUUUAGUUCCCAUAGUCUGCUGGUAAUUUUUUUUAUAUACACUGACCAGCCCCAACAUUAAAACCACCAGCCUAACAUCGUGUAGGUCACCUUUGUAAUGCCAAAACAGCCCUGAUGUUUUGAGGCAUGGACACCACAAGAUCGCUGAACGUUUCCUGUGGUAUCUGGCAACAAGACAGCAGCAGAUCCUUUAAGUCCUGCAAGUUGCCAGGUGGGGCCUCCAUGGAUUUGUUGUUCCAGCACAUACCACAGAUGCUCAAUCGGAUUGAGAUCUGGAAAAUUUGGUGGUCAAGGCAACAACCUUGAACUUUUUGUCAUGUUUAAUCAUGUUGUGGUUGAUCAUUAUAUAGCUGCUGUCCACAUGGUGUCAACACUGUGUGACAUCAUUAGAAGCUAGCCACUCCAACAUAAAGGGACACUUCACUGCACAAAUACAAAACAAAAUAUAUAUAUAAAAAAAAACACUAUUGAAUUAAUAUACCCCACAUUUUUUUUUAAAUGCAUGCAUUUAAGUAUGCAUUUUUUCAUUGUGGGUAUCUCUACAAAUAUAGGUUUUCCCCUGCCCAAACUUUAUGUGACUGUAUAAUCAGUCUUCCAAUUGCAGCUCUUGAGAAGUCUUAGCAAGGCAGAUACUCUGGACAAUUGCUCCUUUUGAGUUUAGCUCCACUAAGCUAAACAAACCAGGAAGUAAGAGGACCGGUUGUCUGAUUGAUAGCUAUGAGGGGUGUAACAAGGUUAAUUUAUAAAAGAUUACAUUUCUAGUGUGUUAGGGGUGUUCCUUUAACCCAAUCGACCUAUCUACCUUCAUUGGGUGAUAUCCCUUAUUACAGAAAAUCCAUGAGUGAUUUAUGCACUUCUGCAUGCAUACAGAAUAGCUGUUCUGCCUGUAUGAAGCAAUCAAGUUGCAUACAGUGUUUGCAUUAAGUAAAACUGAAGGCACAAGUUCCUGUACCUGCUGGCAUGGUAAUUCUUUUAGACCACCUCAAAAAUAGACAAACACAAAAAUAAUUUUAAAAUAAAUUUUAUGGGGUCCUUGGGACACUUGGGUAACCUAAAAAGUAUGCAGGUAUCCCCUAAUAUAAAGGAGUACCAAAGAAAUUAGGUAAUUUGAGGAACCCUGUCAAUUGGAGGGGUGGGUAAUCAAUUAAAUGGAUCCCUAACCUCCACGUGUAUUAAUAAACUAAGGAUUUAGCAAGAAAAAUAAAAUAUAAUACGAUUAAUGCAAACAUAAAAAUUUAACAAAAAUGUAAUGGUUUCAAAUAUGAAUAUGGACGUAAUUAAUUUAUGCAAUAAAUUCAUAUUUUACAGAUUUGAAACCCCAGAAAAGCAGCAUUGUGAGUAAUAUCACUCCUCCAACUGUGAUGUACCUAACCUACGACUUGCACUUAAUUAGAAAAGUCUAAUUAUUUAUAUCUACAAUGGCAGCACCUUAUACCCUAACCUACACCUUAUCAGACCUCACUUCAUAUAUGACUGUGUCCUGUACCCUAACCUGUACCUUAUGAGACCUUACUUCAUCUCUGACAGUGCCUUAUACCCUAAUCUGUAUCAUAAGACCUCCGACACUACCCUAACUCAUACCCAGUUAUCUUAUGAAAACAAUCCUAACUCAUACUCUCUUUCCAUAUUGUUCUAAACAUCCCAAAAUAAUACCCGAUUGGUGACUUUCUUAUUGACCAGAGAUAGAUCGACGGACGCAUGGACAAAGAGACGGAAACAUAGAUACAAUGGGUAGAUGGAUAGAUAGAUUUUGUUUUAUAAUGUUAUGGUAUCAUAUAAUUUACUGAACCAUUAAAUUAUUUUCUUAAUAGACUGGUAUGACUACUACAACGGAAACCUCGGUUCACUCUAUCACACAGGCACAUGGAGAAUAUGGGUUGUCAACUGUGCUGAACAGUCAGAUUCUGGAUCCUCAAGUGACAAUUCCGUUACUCGAGUUGCCGGACAUCACAUUAUCAGCACGGGUUCAGCAGAUCCAAAGUGAGUGCAAAUGUUUGGUCUAGCGUUGAAGAAACAUUAACAAAUAAGGAAACAAAGACAACUCUUAAAGGGAUUAUCCAAGUACCAUAACCACUACAGCUUAUUGUAUAGGGUUAAGGUGUUCAGAAGCUGUCCAUCUUUCAAAUCCUUCUUCCUUUCUUUAUUUUACAUUAAAUGGUGUAGGGAGUUUGUAGGAGGUGUGGGGAGCUGCAGUGAGCAUGCUGCUCCGGUAGUGUGGGUUAUAGGAGGUGUGUGGAGCUGCAGUAACCAUGCUGCUCAGUUAGUGUGUGUUGCCGCUCAGGUAGUGUGGGUUAUAGGAGGUGUGGGGAACUGUAGUGAGUGUGUUGCUCAGGAAGUGUGGGUUAUAGUAAGCGUGGGGAGCUGCAGUGAGUGUUCUGCUCAGGUAGUGUGGGUUAUAGGAGGUGUGGGGAGCUUCAGUGGGCAUGCUGCUCAGAUAGUGUGGGUUAUAGGAGGUGUGGGGAGCUUCAGUGGGCAUGCUGCUCAGAUAGUGUGGGUUAUAUGAGGUGUGGGGAGCUUCAGUGGGCAUGCUGCUCAGAUAGUGUGGGUUAUAGGAGGUGUGGGGAGCUGUAGUGAGUGUGCUGCUCAGCAAGUUUGGGUUAUAGUAAGCGUGGGGAGCUGCAGUGAGUGUUCUGCUCAGGUAGUGUGGGUUAUAGGAGGUCUGGGGAGCUGGAGUUAGUGCGCUGAUCAGGUAGCGUGAGUUAGAGGACGUGUGUGAUCCUCAUCAUGCUACUUAGGUAAUGAUGGUUGUAGAAGAUGUGAAGAGAUGGGACGAGCAUUCUGCUCAGAUAAUGCAGACACUUUCCAGAAAAAUACUUGUGAACUGUUUAAAUAACGCCUGUUUGGCUAUGUAUGAUAAUUUUGGGGUUUUGAAGUCACCUAGCAGGACCAAGCAUAAAGAGUUACACAAGGUGUUGACUUCAUUAAAAUGGAUGUACACUGAUCAGCCACAACAUUAAAACCACAGAAGUGAAUAAUAUUAAUCAAAUUGUUACAAUGGCACCUGUCAAGGGGUUGGACAUAUUAGGUAGCAAGUUAAUUGUCAGUUCUUGAAGUUUAUGUAUUGGAAGCAGGAAAAAUGGUCAAGAGAAAAGAUCCAAGUGAUUUUGACAAGGGCCAAAUUGUGAGGGUUAGACAAACAGGGUCAGAGCAUCUCCCAACCGGCAAGUCUUGCAGGGUGUUCCUGGUAUGCAGUGAUUAGCACCUUCCAAAAAUGGUGUAAGAAGAACAACUAGUGAAUCGACAUCAGGGUCAUGGGCGCCCAAGGCUCAUUGAUGUAUGUGGGGAGUGAAUGCUAGGCCGCCUUCUCUGAUCAUACAGAAGAACUACUGUAGCUAAAAUUGCUGAAAAACUUAAUACUGGCCAUGAUAGAAAGGUGUCAGAACAUGCAGUACAUUGCAAUUUGCUGUGUAUGGGGCUGUAUAGCCGAAGACUAGUCAUCACAACGGUGUUUCUUAAUGGCAGUGGCUUCUUUCAGCACGAUAAUGCACCCUUCCAUACUGCAAAAAAUGUUCAGGAAUGGUUUGAGGAACAUAACAGAGUUCAAGGUGUUACCUUGGCCUCCAAAUUCCCCAGAUCUCAAUCUGAUUGAGCAUCUGUUGGGUGUGCAGGAACAGCAAAUCUGAUGCAUGGAGGCCCCACCUCGCAGUUUUCAGGACUUAAAGGAUCUGCUGCUAGUGUAUUGGUGCCAGAUACCACAGGACACGUUCCAUGGCUUUGUGGAGUCAAUGCCUCUACACAUUGUUUUGACAGCAUGAUAUUAGGCAGGUGAUUAGGCAGAAAUGGUAACUGAAUAAACAAAUAAUAAAUUAGGGUAUGUGAUAUUACAGCUGCAGAGGGGAUGUACGUGGUACAUGUAACAAAGACGAGUUUUCUCCAUGCUGCAUGUCUUGAGACAUGAAUGUUAACGAAGAAAACAACCUCUCAGUGGAUUUGUUAACAGACUAUCAGCCAGGGCUCCUUUCUGUGAAGAGAGCCUUGACCUCAGCUGAGGUCUAACAGAGAGGCUUCAGGUGGAGGUAGUAAUGUCAUCGAUAGUGGUGUGUGGCAAUACUGAAAGUAGAGCCACUCCAGUGGUUGGACAUGUACAACCAGAGCAUGUAAAUAGGACAAGAGACAGUGUUCUGUUCUAAGAUGUAUAAGGGUUAUAAAGAGGAAGGAAGCAUAUCUGUCACAUGCAGAAGAACAGUUAAACCUUAAGAAGUUAAAUAGCUUUAUUAAAUCAGGAUACCAAAAGAGUAGUUUGAGCUAUCAGAAUUUGAAAUAUUUUCAAUUCAAGGUAAUAGAGGGCAUUCAAUCAUAUAACUGGUGAUAGCAAGUGAUUUUUUUGUUAGCCAAGGCUCGCCAUAGAGGGUGGAAAAACAACAAAUUGUCACCAAGGCUUGUUACAUCAGGCUUUUAGAUAUGCAGAGAGUGAUGAUAAUCUGUGUCAAGUGGCAUAGGAAUGACCCAGAUGUGGAUGGUCCUCGAAAUGUGUGGAGUUGUGUAGAAGGACCAUAAAGCGUUGCCGUGUGUCCUGUAUAGGCAGGUGAUUUUAAUUUUGUGGCUGAUCAGUGUAUAUAGUCUAGCGUAGGAUCAAUUUUAGGAUAAAUUUGGAUGAUAGGUUAUGAAUAUCUCAGUGAGAGGUCAUAGUGUAGCCAUAUACCAAGACAUUAUAGCAGUAAACUAGGACAACUGGUAAUUUUAUAUUGCAUAUUUAUGAGUAGUUUUUGUAAUAUAUAAAGGUCUAUUUAUAAAAUUAUCUUCUUUUCAUUUCCACCAAAUAAUAUUGUGACCGAAAAUAAAUGUUAUUUAUUUUUCAUUUCAGUAAUGAGUUUCUGCAUUGAUUAAUAUCAGUUGUAUGCAUCACUUGUCCAUCAUUUCAUUUAUUUUAAUUAAUUGUUUUUAACCCAGGCACGGCAGAGUUUUACAGAGUCAUUGAUAGCGUGCCAGUAUUACGCUGGAAGGAAUUUGUUAGACGACUGGGCCUCAGCGACAAUAUCAUAGACACUUGCGAACACGAGAACAAGCAUCUUCGAGAUGCACAGUAUGCCAUGCUCAGUAAAUGGAGCCUACAGGUCGGGCCCUCAGGAGCCACUAAAGAUGUUGUCAUUGGAGUAUUACGAGACAUGGACCUCGCAGGGUCCAUAGAAAGAAUCCUGGAGGGAUAAUAAAUGACUUAUUGAAGUUUUUUUUUUUUUUAAAUGUACAUUGUGCUCACAAGUCAUGUAUUUAAUUUUUGUAUCUCUCAACUUCCCCAUAGUCCAAAGGACAAAAUAGAGAAGUAUUUUAAAAUAGAGAAAAGGAUAAAAUUAUGUUUGUACAGGAACCAAAACCGACUAGGCAUAUCUCAGACUCUUGCAUUGACUCUUGUUAGGAUUAUAAAUAUUUAUACUGUUUAUACUGUAUUUUCACUAAACACACCACAAUGUAUUGCCGUGUUGGCUGAAGGUCGCAUAUCACCACCCAGUGAUUCAAUACGAGGACUUCUUUCUCGUGUAGAAUGAACAUUUUCUCGGUUGUUGAAACAAAAUGGCCAUUUGCAAAAAUGUAAAAGUGCAAGUUUGUUUAUAUUGCUAAGGAUAAUCUACAGUACAGGGUUUUGACUGUAUAAAAAAAAAAAAAAAGAAUUACGCGCUGAUUUAUUCCCUGAUUUAUUAAUCUGCCCUGUGGUGUAACUCGAAGAAAUUACACUUUUGAAAAGUAUUUUAAAUGUUUAAGGAUCUGUGAGUCUCGUUUGCGGCCAAAUGUAUAUGUUUAUGGAUGUAAAUUAUUUUAAAAAAAAAAUAUUUUCAGGGUUGAGUAAUGAGAUCCAUGCGUUCCCUAUAUUUUAGAAAGUCAUUUACAAUACUUUAAGUUACAAUGUAAUAUUUUAUGUUUCUGAAUCACAGUUGAUAAGCUUGCCAAUCAUGCAUCAUUACUUUAUUAGAAGAUUUGUAUAUAUAAUGUACAUUAAAAAAAAUAGGGAAAGGCAAUUACAUGUAUGCAAAUGCUUGUAAAUAAAGAACUAUAAUUUUAUAGGAUAUAUAUAUAUUUUUUACAAGAUUCUUCUUUUAGGGUAGGCAUUGCAGUGUAGCUAGAACAGUACAUUUUGUCGGUCAUUUGUUUGCUCUCUUAGAGACAUAGAAAAUAAAAAGGACACAAUUUAUAUUUAACACUAGGUAAAGAUUGUAUUUACUAAUAAAAUGUAUUUUACAUAUAUCUCCAUGGCAAGAACAAUUCGUGCUAGAGAUAUCCUGGCAAUGUAUAUAGUGCAUUAUAACUCAACAAAUUCCAGUAUUAAAUUGUAGUCCAGGCUAGUGAUGUACCGAACGGUCCGCCGAACAGUUUGCCGAACGGUUCGCCACAGAUGGCGAACAUAAACAUAAAGUUGAAUGUGUCUGCUGACCUCACAGUCAGCAGGCACAUUCCAGCCAAUCAGCAGCCGACCCUCCCUCCCAGACCCUCCCACCACCUGGACAGCUCACUAAGAAUGCAGCUUCACAAUGAAUGUAAAAUGGAUGCUGUCCAGGAGGUGGGAGGGUCUGGGAGGGAGGGUCUGCUGCUGAUUGGCUGGAAUGUGUCUGCUGACUGUGAGGUACAGGAUAAAAGUUUAUGUUUAUGUUCGCCGUCCGUGGCGAACCGUUCGGGACAUCACUAGUCCAGGCACCAUAACCACUUCAGACAGUUUUAGUAAUUUGGGUUCCAAGAGUCCUCUAAAACCAUCCUUUGGGUAGUAGUAAAACCAGUUUUGAACAGUUUCACUGUUUCAUGUUUGGUACUUACCCGUGAAACGGUGAAUGGAGACUCCUAUAACUAUAACCACUACUGUGUGUAUAGUGGUUUAAAUGCCUAGCCCAUGGGCGCCCAAAAGGUAGAUCCCCAGAUGUUUUAAAACUACAGCUUCCAUGAUGCUUUGCCAUUCUAAAGACAUUCUAAAGGCAUUCCAAUGGUAUACAAAGUAUCAUGGUAGUUGUACAACAUCUGGGGAUCUACCUUUUGGGCUAGAGUCACUAGACUAAAUCUUAAAUUCACACUAAUGAAAAGUUUGGGGUCACUCAGGACCCACAUGUUGUUCGCAUGUUGUUAUAUAUUGUUUUAACAUUUGCUAUAGGAAUGGGGAUCUGCCGGUGUUAGUGUACAUAAUAAUGGAUUUGUGUUUUGCAUGUGAAUGAGAACUGGAAUUACUUAUGGUUGAUGGCCUUUUCGUCACUGGUGCUAAUAAAUGUGUGUCUUGCAAGAUA